AUGAUACCGAUUCCGUUAAUUGCUUCUGCCGAAAUAGAACAUCUAAGCGACAAUCAUCGUAUUGAGCAUUUAAAUGCUCAUUUCUUGGCUACCCGAAAAUAUGAUUCACUAUUUGCCCAUAGUGAAAGUAUGAAAUUAACAGAAAUUUCAUUUUUCGGGUACAAUGACAGAAUACCGAAUAGUAUGAAGUCAGGUACUAUUGUACAUAUAGCUCGUCCAGUUGAGAUUUUGCAUCCACAACACCAACAUUGUCUCAACAGAACUGCUGAGGAAUGUGGAAUUAUUAUUCGAAGACGUUACUCGAAAGGAGAGGAUAAUAAUUCCAGACAUAACGGCUACGAAAAAUCCUCGGAUGAUGACUGCAUAUUUGGUUCAUUUGUGGGACCGAUCUACUAUUACAAUAAUUCAAUGCCAGCAAAGUUGGAAAAUCUUGAUUUAGCAAUUCAGCCAGAGCUAUUUUUCGUUGAGGAAACAGCUCAAAAUAAUCGAGAUUACAGUUGUAGUGGUUCAGACGAUUCAAGCUUGCAGCAAAUGUUUGUCAUAGCACCACGCAGUUAUGGUCGUCGAGAUAAGCUUCAACUUUUAACAUUUUAUUUUCUGCGCCUUGUGCUUAUUUUCCCUUCUUUCGAGUGGUCACUGAGUGGUUCAAAACGAAGAUGCUAUUCGAAACAUGACUACCGUCGUGGAUCGGGGAACAUUCAACAUCCAUCCAAUAUUAAGCACAUAGAAUCAGAUGAUGACUCGCCAUCGCCUACUAAUUACAGGAUUGCUGUCAGGAGUAGGCAAAAGAUAUCGAAUUUAUUACGAGAUCGAGAAUCAAUAGAUCCCUCCUGUAUGCCAUCAAUUGUAGCAGCCAUCGAUUCAGGACGCGAAUCGGACAUAAUCCGGAAAAACUCCCCGAAACGAACAAGCUCAAGAGACAAAAAGAUGAGGAAUAAAGGAUUUGACGUGGUAAUCAGGACGCAAAAUAAUGGUGAAAGUUUCGAAAAUCGACGAAGAACAUUGAGUGCUUCAUCUUCCUCGCAUGAUAAGCCUAUUGAAGCUUACCUUGUCACAGAAUUUUGA